GCGCGCACGGAGGGGGCGACGGCCGCGGUGACGCUGUUUGCGCCGGGCGGGCGGCGGCGCGUGAGGCGCGCGAUUCCCGGUGCCUUGGGAGCAGUGCCCCGGCCCCCGCCGUUCCCACUGACGCCAUGUCGGGCCGGUCUGUCCGGGCCGAGACCCGCAGCCGGGCCAAGGAUGACAUCAAGAAGGUGAUGGCGGCCAUCGAGAAAGUGCGGAAAUGGGAGAAAAAGUGGGUGACUGUGGGUGACACGUCCCUUAGGAUAUUUAAGUGGGUUCCCGUGACAGACAACAAGGAGGUAAGUGUGGAAGAAAAUCGAAACAACAAAAAGAAAGAAAAGUCAAAAUCGAACAGUUCAGCAGCCCGGGAACCUAAUGGCUUUCCCUCUGAUGCCUCAGCCAAUUCCUCUCUCCUUCUUGAAUUCCAGGAUGAAAACAGCAACCAGAGUUCCGUGUCUGAUGUCUAUCAGCUCAAGGUGGACAGCAGCACCAACUCGAGCCCCAGCCCCCAGCAGAGCGAGUCCCUGAGCCCAGCGCACACCUCCGACUUCCGCACAGAUGACUCCCAGCCCCCCACCCUGGGCCAGGAGAUCCUUGAGGAGCCCUCCCUGCCCGCCUCAGAAGUUGCUGAUGAACCUCCCACCCUCACGAAGGAAGAACCAGUUCCAUUAGAGACACAGAUUGCUGAGGAAGAGGAAGACUCAGGUGCGCCUCCCCUGAAACGCUUCUGUGUGGACCAGCCCGCAGUGCCACAGACAGCGUCAGAAAGCUAGCACCACCCUGGCACCCUUCGCCUCCUGGCCCCAGACCUCUCUUGCAUUCUGGUUCUGGCUGUGCUGUGCUGCUGGGCUAAGGGCAAGCACUGGGCUCCAGAGCCUGCACAUAGGAGCCUUCUGGGCUGGAAGGCUGACAUAGGACUGGGGGUCGUAACGUCAUCUUCCCGUCCCUGGCACCUGUGUCUGCUUGAUCCUGAGAAGAGGAGCACUCCUGUCCUUUUUGCACCCCAAGUAGGCUGGAGCAUCGGCCACUCCAGGGUUCAUCUGUCACCUCCAGGUAGCAGUCUCUGCUCCGGAACCUCUGGACUGAGCUGCUGGUGCUUCUACAAGAGGAAAGAGAUGUGGAAGGCAUCCUCUAGAGAAGAGAGUGCCUAGGGCUUACUUGAAUUGAAUGGAGACUGUAGAUUCAUGGACUUUCGCAUAGGGCUAGGGGCCCUGUAGGCUGCUGUUGGAGAAUGCCUGAGUAGACUCCGGAGGCAAGGGAAGGGCUUCGCUCCAUGAGAGCGUGGAAAAGUCCAUAUAGAUUUCUUGCUAUCCUGGCACUUCUGCCCAUUCCUGAGGUUAUCCUGCCUCUCAUGGGCUCUCUGGCUGCUGACAGUCCUUUGUCCCCCACUGUAACCAUCCCCUUCUCCCAACACACACGCGCGCGUGUGCGCGCGCGCGCACACACACACACACACGCACGCGCAGCUUUUGUUGUUUCCACCUGGACAUUUCAUUCCAGCAUCCCCUGCCUCCCGCCACGGUCCCCAGCACUCCUGCCGCAAACUCUGCCCCAGCGAGAAUUUGAGGUUCUGACAACAGCACCCAUUCCCACAGUACUCCUUCAGCUCAGACUUUCUAGAAAGUUCCCUUUUCUUUGAAAUCUGCAUGUUUAAUUGAACCUCGUGAUUUUAUUUUUUGUUUCAAAAAAGUUUAAGAAAAUGGAAACGGGCAACAGUGAGUGAAGACAUAUUUUAGCACCGAAUAGAAUAUUUUUAAAAUUAAACUAUUUGAAAUAUG